CAUGGAUCCUCCUUAUAAGACGAGUAUUCGCUUACCGAGGUCAGCGAAAUCGCUGCCACGAAAAAGACGAGAGCAUUCUCCGGCGAUCGAGGUGGUUGCUUGCUCUCUGAUGGCGCUCGCCAGAUCCCUGUUCGGCUCAAUCCUCCUCCUCCACCUACUCGGUGCUGUUUUCCUCGGCUCCGUUCUGGCCGACCAAAUCUACACCGGUUCCGGUGGGAGAUUUGGCCGGAGUUCUCGUGAGCCAAAAUACAAGGUUGAGUUCCACCCAGAAAACUCUCCUUUCUAUCCGGUAGUUGGUCAGGAAGAAGUUGCAAUGUCAAAUAAGGAGGGCAAGAAUUACAAUUGUUACUUACCUAUUGUUGAGGAAACAAAAGUUUUAAAAACAGUUACUCACGAGAAUUCAAGCAGUUUAAUAAUGGAAAGUGAGCAGAAGAUUAAGUUUAAGACUCCUGAUGAGUUGAUUGAGGGUUUAAAAGAUGCAGACAGAUGCUUUUACAGGUUUGAAGGUUGGUGGACCUAUGAAUUUUGUUCCCAUAAGCAUGUGAAACAACUUCAUAUUGAAGAUGAAAAGGCAGUUCAAGAAUUUGUGUUGGGCAAGUUCGAUGCAGAUGCAACAUCUGUUUUUAAUGAGAAUCAUUCUGAUACUUUUACAGUUAAGGAUCCUCGCUCAAAAGAUGCUUCCCAACGGUAUCAUGCGCAUCAGUAUACAAAUGGAACCAUGUGCGACCUGACAAAUCAACCUCGAGAGACCGAGGUUAGAUUUGUUUGCUCAGAACAAUCUGCCGUAAUCAGCUCAAUCAAAGAGGCUGCUACUUGCAAGUAUGUCGUUACAAUUCAGUGCUCUCUGCUCUGCAAGCAUCCGAUGUUUCAGCAAGAGAGGCCAAUGUGGCAUACCAUACAUUGCAACGAGAUGGGCGGAGACAGCAAGGACUCCUCUGUGGAGGAUGGCCCCAAAGUCACAAAGGCUCCAACUUAAUUCUUCAUCAGCUAGAAACUUUUCAGCAAUGUAGCUAACUUUUCAGCAAUGUAGCUAACGUUACAGUUCAUAGUUGAAUUAAGUCAUGGAGAGGAAGGAUUUGAGAAGG